AAUUUGAUCAUUGUAAAUGUGUUAGCUGUGCUGUUAGCCGCAAUUAAUGCGGCCCCACUCAAUGAGACAGCCAAAGUGCCAUAUAACGUGGUGUGCUACUGGGGCUCGUGGUCGUUUUAUCGAGACAAUGUUGGUGGUCGUGGAAAGUUUACACCAGAGAUAGCCAACCCUUUAUUGUGCACACAUAUCAUGUAUGGUUUCACCAAACUCAGCGAGAGUGGUGAAAUCCAAGUGUUUGACCCCGAUCUGGACCAGGGUGACACCGACUGGGAAAGCGGUCUACCAUGGGGAGAAGGCAUGUAUCGUCGCAUUGAGCACUUGCGCGAUGUGAACACCGACCUGAAGGCCCUCAUAUCGAUC